AUGACUUUAAAAAGAUGCUCUUCCAGUGCGAUAAGACCUGAUACAUCAACUGAAGCUUCCAAGAGCCAAGAGAAGAGCUUCGUCCUUCCUAAAUACUCAUACCGUCGAUACAGACACGUUGCUUUGGAUGUCAAGAAACACCAGAAAAAGGGUUACAAACGAUUACUUCACUCUCUUUCAGCCAGUCUAAUUAAUGUCAUACCUGAUCUCUAUACAAAAGCCAAGAAAACAAAUGAUCCGAUAAAAACGUUUAGAAUACAAGCUACAUGUUCAAAAAAGAAAGUUAGCAAACUCGCAGUUGUGAGAGCGCGAAUUAGGAGGAGAAUAAUUCAUGCAUGUCGAAUCGUAUUACCGGAACAUGGUCGAUUAAGACACGAUUAUCUAUUUUUCGGAAAACUCGAUGCUUAUGGUGCUCCGUGGGAGUCAUUGUUGUCCGCCGUGCGCGAGUCGAUUAGUAAUCCCGGGAUGUAUAACCCUAAUGCAAUUCCAGUUGGCAAAAUAGCUAAUAGAAAAGAUCUAUUUGGACAAAUUAAACAUGAUAGUGUGUUUGGAUAUUGGAAGAAAGAAAAGGCAGGUUCCGAAAAAUUGUCGAAUUCCGAGGAUCAGAGUCAACACGAUAAAAGUCGCAAAUGCGGGAUGGAAAAUGGAGGCAAACAGAAUAAACUGACCAAAGCGAAAACAAGAAACAGAUUCUUAAUUGAUGAUAAAUAA